AUGAUUGCGAUCAUUAGGGUUCUCUUAGUGCUAUGUGCUGCUGCGGCAGCAUCCGGCUUCAGUUUGGGGGACAUGGAUGUAAUAUUUCACUUAUUUACAAGAUCUAACCCUGCUGUAAGCCAGCCAUUGCUGCCAUCAGUUGCAUCCAUAAUGACAUCGUCUUUCUCCCUUGAACGUCGCACAAUCGUCACUAUACAUAGCUAUGGCGAAGGAGUUUCAGGAAACUUCAACGCUUUUGUUGUACCUGCGCACCUAUCAGCAGAGGACGUAAACAUCAUAGCUGUAGACUGGAGCGCUGGCUCGUCGAUGUUCACUCAGGGGCUCGGUAACACACCCCAAGUUGGUCGGGUUAUAGCUCAAUUCUUCAACAUUCUUAUCAAUAACUUCGGCUAUAACGCUAACCGAGUUCGAAUUGUUGGAGUCGGCCUCGGAGGCCACGCUGCAGGCAUUGCAGCGAGGCACAUCAAUGGAAUCGUCCCUCAUAUCAUUGCGUUGGAUCCAUCCCUGCCUGGUUGGACCCAUCAUCCGGAAAUCCUAAAUGCUGAUGAUGCAUCAACUGUUGAAGUUUUACACACCACUGCUGGCCUUUAUGGCUACGAUAAGCCAUUAGGAGAUGUUGACUUCUACGCGAACGGUGGACAAUAUCAGAGUGGUUGCGGCUCUGAUGUCUCUUGCUCUCACAUCUAUGCUUACGCCUUCUAUGCUGAAUCUAUAUCAACCGAAGUUACUAACGGUAAUAAAUUCGUGGGUACAGCCUGCGUUGAUUACGAAAGCGCUCUUAAUCUACGUUGUACAGGACCUAGAGACGCGAUUUUCGGUGGAUCAGCAGUUAAGACUGGCGUUUCUGGUAUCUACACAUUCUUGACUAACUUCGUGCCACCUUUCGCCAGGGGC